CUCCACAAAACAUCAUCACCACCACAGCCAUGGCAGAGCAGCGCGAGUCGUCACCGAGGAUAGAGGACGGGUCGGUCGACGUCGACGAGGAGCUCAAGCUCAUGCAGGCGCGCCUCGCCGAGAUGGAGGCCGAGAAGAACACGAUCGCGGCGUCCGAGACGGCCGAGGGCGGCGCGGGCGAGCCCGACGCCAGCAUGGAGGACGACGAGGCCCCCGCUGCCGUCGACGCGCGGAGCGUGUACAUUGGCAACGUGAGUGCGAGUGGUGCACACGAGCGCGAGGGCAAGGGCGAGGGCGACAGCGGGCAGGUCGACUACGGCGCAACGCCAGAGGAGAUCCAGGGCCACUUCCAGGCGUGCGGCACGAUCAACCGCGUCACGAUCCUGUGCGACAAGUUUUCCGGCCAUCCCAAGGGCUACGCCUAUGUCGAGUUUGCCGACCCGUCGAUCGUGCAGAACGCGCUCGUGCUCAACGAGUCGUCGUUCCGCGGCCGCAUCAUCACGGUCCGCGAGAAGCGCACAAACGUCCCCGGCAUGAACCGUGGCCGUGGGCGCGGACGCGGACGCGGCUUUCGUGGUGGAUUCCGUGCCCGUGGACGGGGGGGCAGGGGACGGGGGUUCUGAGCGCGAGCGAGCGAGAGGGUGGUCGUGGAUCUGAUACCUAAAAAGUAGAGACCGAGAGAUAGCGCGAGAGAGAGAGCGAGUUGGCGGCGGUGGGAUUGCGGCGGUGGGACAACAGGCUACCCUACCUCCCCACCCCCAUGUAGCGAGGCCACACACAUGUAACCUUUAAAGCACUACUGCCGGAG